GCACUCAUACCGUUCACUGUGUCCGCCAGCACUUCAUGGCCUCUAGAAUAGCCCUCAGCGCCGCGCGCGCCGCUGCUCCUCGCCGGGUAGUCCCCGCCGUGUCGGGCGCAAUCCAUGCCCGCACGAUGGCCACCAAGCCUCCGGCCGAAAAGGCGUCCGAGCUGAUCAACAACCUGCCCUCGUCGCCCGGCCUGGUCACCAAGACGGGCUCGGUCGUGCUCGGCACCGGCCUGCUCGCGACCGCCAUCUCGCAGGAGCUGUACGUGCUCAACGAGGAGACGGUGCUUGCGGUCGGGUUCGCGAUCCUGGCGACGUUCAUCGCGCGGAGCAUGAAGGAGCCGUACAAGAACUGGGCGGAGGGGCACAUCAAGCGCAUCAAGGACGUGCUCGAGGCGUCGCGCACGGAGCACACGCAGGCCGUGAAGGACCGCAUCGGCUCGGUGGAGAAGAUGAAGGACGUGGUGUCGAUCACCGAGGGUCUUUUCGCGCUCUCCAAGGAGACCGCCAAGCUCGAGUCCGAGGCGUUCGUGCAGAACCAGAAGGUCGCGCUCGCGGCGGAGGUCAAGGCAGUGCUCGACAGCUGGGUGCGGUAUGAGCAGCAGCAGAAGGAGAGCGAGCAGGCGGACCUGGCGAAGAACGUCAUCGAGAACGUGCUCAAGAGCAUCCAGGACGAGAAGACGCAGAAGGAGAUCCUCGCGGGUGCGAUCGCAGAGGUCGAACAGCUCGUUAAGAGCAAGGCCAUCUAGACGUGUCUUGCCUGUGGCCGUGAUGUAGACAGACGAGUGGAAUGCUAUGGCUUUCUCGCCCUCCCUCCCGUCCGCAGGCUGUAGAUGCAGGGUCUCUCCAGCGCGAAACCCUGAGCCUGACACCCUAUCGUAGCGCCUCGUGGUCCGGCCUCACGUCCCUUCCGUAACUCCCGAGCUUUGUCCAGUAAAAUAUUCUAUUGCAUGUCCAUUCUCGAGAAAACGUACGCG